AUGAAAUUUUAUCUUGUUGUUCAGAUUCUUUCUUUACUUUUUGUGUUCUUUAUAUUUGCUUUUGUUGUUUCGACUGACAACAGUAUUCACAAAUUUUCUGUUACAAACAAUUCCAACGUUAUUAUAAAUCACAUCAUAGAAAAUAAAAACAAUGAUAAACACGGCGAAACACACAAGGAAGUCACAUACACAGACACAUAUCUCAACGUCUCCAACUUCAAUUACACUGGCAAGUGUUCUGAAGUGUUCAAAUACAAGAAAAACAAUCCUCGCGACUUAUUUUUAACAGCAAUUUACUUCAAAAAUCCAAAUGUUUGGUUUACUAUCAAAGAUAGAGCAGUUCGCUGUUUAAAAGUAGCUCAGUCUGGUAUACCCAAAGCCACCAGAAAAGUUCUUCUUCUUUCUGAUGAUGAAAUUCCAGACUUUACAAAGACGAUGAAUGAGUUGGGAGUUUCAGUUGAAAACCAUCCAAUUAACACGACUUUCACCAAUGGCGCCGUUUUAAGGUAUUUUGCUGCGUACGACUAUUUAACACAAAAUCAAGAGAAAUACGACCGAGUCGUAUUUGGCGAUUUUAAAGACAUUUACUUCUUUGCGGAUGGGUUUGCCACAUUUGAUGUGAACGACUUGAUUUUCUUGAUGGAAUGCAAAGCCGUUGAUAAUACGAAGACGUGCGUCACACUUGCAGAACCGACUAACAGAAGGUGGAUACAAACGUCUUUUGGAAAGGCAAUUGCAGACGGCUAUGCAAACAAUAGAACUUUUCUGUCGAAUGUUGGUGUUGUUCUUGGGGGGACGGCGAAGUUGCUGAAGUACAUUGAAAUAUUUAAAGAUAAUGUUAUACCUGAAAAGGCAGAUAACUGGGGACACGACCAAGCUCUCCAUAACAAGUUGUUGUAUUCGGGAUAUUUUGAGAGUCUGAAUUACACUAAAGAUUAUUGUACACAACGUGUGUGCUUUAGUGAAGAUAAAAGUGUUGUUUGGGACGCUAAAAAUAAGGCUUUAUAUACAAGAGGAACAGGGUGUGCUCCUGUUAUUCGGCAUAAAAUAUGGUUCAAUAAUAGGAGAAUAUAUUAUGAAUAA